AUGCUUUCAUCCUUACUCUCACUUCUGCUACUCUGCGUCAGGCGCCUUCGUGGUUGGUUGUAUUUGAUCCGCGGACCCGAGUUGAUAGACGAAGCAUAUGUUUCGGCCGGUGGGAUGCCCUUCAAAAUGCCUACCCCCAACAAUAACCACUUGAUGGUGACUUCGAGCUAUCACAUCAAAGAAUUGAUAAAUGCGCCUCUCCAGAGUCUAUCCCUUCAUGCUGUGGCUAAAGAGAUCUUACAACCGAAAUACACGAUGUCUGGCUUUGAGUGGCAAGACCAGCGUGGGAUCGAGGGGACGGGCUUCGUGCGAGCCUUGAGGAGCAGGCUAACUGCUCACUUGCCCGGCAUGCUACCCGACCUCAAGCGAAUGGUCGAGGCUGCCAUUACAGAAGAAUUGAGCACACCAGAAACAGAUGGCAUGCUAACGAUAAAACCAGGCUCUGUGCAUUGCCGACUGUUCCCGCUGAUCAAGCGAGCUGUCACCAAGGUCAACUGUUUUGUCUUCUUCGGGGAGCAGCUCGCUCAAAAUCCCGAAUUCACCGCAGCCGCCCUGGAAUUCCCUCAGACUGUCAUUUUCGCUUCGGAGAUAUUGCGUAUCACACCUUCCUUCUUACGGCACUCUGUCGCCAGUUUGGUGACUGAAAGGCAUCGUGCCGUCAAGACCCUCAUGCGGUAUCUCGAGCCGGUGGUUAAACAGCGACUAGCCAUGAGGGCUGUGGAUUCCACGGAGAAUGUCCCAGUGGACUGCAUGCAAUGGCUUAUCGAGACCUCACCCCGGAAAACCCAGUGGACGACCGCGCGCAUGGUGGGUGAGAUUAUUGCAGUCUGGUUUGGGUCUGUGCAUCAAUUGGCCAUGGUAUGCUUGUGCCCUGAUCUGGCCGCUAUGCCACUUCUGGAUAGCUUUUUGCGCGAGACCAUUCGCUGUACUAACUCAGACGCUAUCACCGCACGACGCAAAGCAUUAACACCGUUCACGUUCUCUGAUGGGUUACGAGUAGACCGGGGAGACUGGGUCUGUAUUCCACAACGAGCAAUGAUGCGCGAUCCGGCUCGCUAUUCGCACGCAGAGCAAUUUGAUGGCUUCCGAUUCGCGAGAGCCAACAAGCUCUUAGCUCUAAAUGAGGGCUGUGCUGAUGUGCCAGAAGUAGCACCGUUGCAGCUGACAGAUGUUGAUGUGAAUUGGCCUAUAUGGGGUCUGGGAAACACAGCCUGCCCAGGCAGGUUUUACGCGACGACAGUGUUGAAGUUGAUGAUGGGGUGCAUCCUCCAAGGAUGGGAGUGCAGACUGGCGGACCCUCAGGCUCUUCGGUGGCGUACGUGGCGGUCCAGUGUUGUCCCUCGCACUGGGACGGUGGUGGUGUUUAAACGCCGGCAGAUGGAGUCGCCCACCUUGGUAUCCGGAGGGGGUGACUAA